AUGGCAUUAUGGGUAAGACGAGGAAGUCACUAUGUGGUCUUGCCAUAUGCCGUUUCCAUUGCCAGCCUGAUAUAUCUUAUAUUCGCCAAUCUAAUGGGCUUUAGCUCAACUCUGGAGAAGAAAUUAACGGGGCUUAUCUCACAACGAUCAGUCCUUGAUGAUUCCUUAGUCGCGGUGGCAGGACCUACUUCAGAUGUUUUAUAUACUCUGUACAAUAUAAGCAACACUACGCAGAAUAUAGGCAACAGCACCAUUGAUGGCGCGACGGGAGCGGUGGGAAAUGCAGUAGAUGAAGCAAAAAAUCAGGCUCAGGAUGUCUCUGAUAAACUUGCCAAGAUAGAAUCUAAUAUACAGGGGUUCUACAUUGUCGGCCUUUGGGGAUACUGCCAAGGGAGCUUUAACGAAGCCGGUUCAGCUGUCAUGAAUUGUACAGCGCCAAGCUUGUCCUUCUGGGUCAACUUUACUGAAGUACUCGGGCUAGAGAGCGCAUGGGCAGAAAAGGUAUUUCCUAGCCAAGUCAAAAAGGUGAUGGCUGUGUAUAAGACGGCAUCGAAGGGAAUAAGUACCAUCUAUAUAACUGCACUUAUCACAACUGUACUCACCCUAAUUACGGGAUUAACGGCCACGGUCUCCCGCUGGGGUAGCUGCUUGGUCAGUAUCUGUGCAGUGGUAUAUAUCGAUGGUUUCUAUAAAUCUGUGUUUCAUUCUGCUGGGAUUAAUGCAAGCUUGGGCCACAAGAUGUUAGCAACUAGCUGGCUGGCUUCAUCGUCAUCUGUGGUGGCUUGUAUUCUCUGGUUUUUGAGCAUCUGUUGUUGCUAG